AUGCAAUCCUUGUCAAUAUUUCCGUCUUGGCGACGCUAUAGCAUUGCUGAGGACAAGGCAAUCCCAUCUCUGAAAUGGAAAGGAGCUAGAGCAAUAACCCAUUUUCUCAAGGGUCAAACUCGUUAUGUUUUCACAACAAGAAAAUCUUGCCCAUAUCUGCCACUAGGACCACAAGUUGAGGGUAAGUGGUACCACAUGCCUCUUGCUUCAGCCAUCCAAAUGCUAGAGUUAACACACAUAAGGGGUGUGGUGGAGUGCAAUGCAUAUGAAAAAGAAUUUUGUGAAAUUAGAGCCUUGAUGCCUGAUGAGAAGUCACUGAUUAAGGACCUGCUUGGGAGGAAGGGGAAAGAGUGGAGAAAGGGAAGACAAUGGAAGAAGAGGCCCCCCUUAUAA